ACGAUAUGAGCUAUCUUUCGCGCUCUCCAAUGGAACUCGCUCUCAACUUCUCUGCAUCUCUUCAUGGAGAGAGAAUUCCUCUCUUCUCUUCUCAUUUUACCCCCAACAAGACACCUUUCCCGCGAUAUACGAGAUUUCCAUUUCGAGAAUCCCUGUUUCAGGUCCGGAGUCGAGAGUUUGUGUUGGAGAAACAGCUCCUAAGUGGCGGAAAUGAAAGAGAAGAAGAGGAGAGCCGAGCAAGAAUGAGUUCUUUUGACGAUCUUUCUUUCCUUUCUUUAAGUGAAAAGCCAGACAGGAACUCGGCCUUGCUUGACGAGUACGAGAUGGAAGAGCUCGACUUCGAGGCCAAUCCAAACCAUCGAAGUGGAUAUGUUGCUGUACUAGGCAAGCCAAAUGUUGGGAAGAGUACACUCUCAAACCAAAUGAUAGGUCAAAAGCUCUCAAUUGUUACCCACAAACCUCAAACUACAAGGCAUCGGAUCCUUGGUAUUUGUUCUGGCCCUGAGUAUCAGAUGAUACUCUAUGAUACACCUGGUGUUAUUGAGAAGAAAAUGCACAAAUUGGAUUCUAUGAUGAUGAGAAAUGUCCGCAAUGCAGCUAUUAACGCAGACUGUGUCCUGGUUGUUGUUGAUGCAUGUAAGGUGCCUCAAAAGAUUGAUGAAGUGUUGGAAGAAGGAGUGGGGAGUCUUAAAGAUAAGUUACCUACUUUGCUUGUGCUGAAUAAGAAAGACCUUAUUAAGCCUGGAGAAAUUGCAAAAAGACUUGAGUGGUAUGAGAAAUUUACUGAUGUUGAUGAAGUCAUUCCUGUGAGUGCCAAAUAUGGUCAUGGAGUUGAUGAUGUCAAGGAAUGGAUACUAUCAAAACUUCCCCUUGGACCUGCUUACUAUCCGAAGGACAUUGCCAGUGAGCACCCGGAAAGAUUCUUUGUAGCUGAAAUUGUUAGAGAGAAAAUAUUUAUGCAAUAUCAAAAUGAGGUUCCUUAUGCAUGUCAGGUUAAUGUGGUUAAUUAUAAAGCUAGGCCAACCUCAAAGGACUUUAUUCAAGUUGAAAUUGUUGUCGAGAAGAAUUCACAAAAGAUCAUCCUCAUUGGGAAGGAAGGGAAAGCAUUAAAGUUAUUGGCAACUUCUGCAAGACUAGAUAUUGAGGACUUCUUGCAAAAAAAAGUCUACCUUGAGAUUGAAGUUAAGGUGAAAGAGAAUUGGCGGCAAGACGAAGAUCUUCUGAAGCAUUAUGGAUAUGGUGGCCAAAUUCGAGCUUUAUAAUGCAAAAAACAUGAACCAUAUACUAUAUAUUGACCCCAAGUCUAUGCAUGGAUGGAACUUCACUAGAAAAUCGUUGCCUCAGUAAUGAUCAGGUGCUGUCUGCUGAUAGUAUAAAAUGUUUUCCCACUGGUAAGUUUUGGGAAUUAGGAAGUCUUGCACCGAUCACUCAGUAACUAGAGAUGGAUGGAUGAUCUUCCGAUGUUAUUGCAUUGGAUGUCUCUGAAGAGACGAUGUUGUGAUGCUGCUGCUCCUAAUAUUCAAGUUACUUUCUCGAGGUUAAAUUAAAGGAAAGUGAUAGCUGAAUUGAUUCGUUGAACAUAAAGAGAUCUUAGCAGUGACUAUUUGAUUGGGACCUGCCUAGUACAUGUACAUGUAACUUGAAUCUUUCUCUGAAUGUAUCCGGAAGCAUUUCCAGAAAUGAAUCAUUUUUUAUCAACA